GUCAAUGUCAUGUAAUUUCCGUCACCUGCUGCGCUGUCCAAAUAAAAAGAAAUCAUGUAUCUGAUAAUUAGUAACUAAAGACAACAAAGCUUCUGGUUGAAUUGUGCGAGACAAAUAUCUAUUCUGGUAUUAAAUUGUAAAUUCUAUUCACCACAGCACAAUCUCGCAGCUGAAGUUUUAAUUUAGUAUGUGUUACAUUUUAAGAUAACGUUAACUUCGUUCGUCUUGUAUGUUAUUAAUAUAAAAAUUAAUUUGUGAUCAUGAACAGAAUCAAGAACAAUAAUUCUAGAAUGUCGAGGACCUCUGAGUGCUCCAGUGAAACAGAAGUUAAUUCCAAUGCGUAUAAACUCGUUGCGAACAACACGAAACCACCGGACAUAAAUUAUGGAAAAGAGAAUUCGUGGUUUGCAGGUGUGCAAAUGUUUUUAUCAUUUUUACUUGCCGGUUUUGGUAUGGUGGCGGCGAGUUUGCUCCUUGAUGUUGUGCAACAUUGGGUUGUUUUCAAGGAGGUGUCAGAAGUUUACAUUUUAGUGCCUGCUCUAUUAGGACUGAAGGGCAACCUGGAAAUGACCCUUGCAUCAAGACUCUCUACCAAUGCACAUUUGGGUCAUCUAGAAACUAGUUUAGGUUCAUUAGUGAUGGGUAAUUUGUGUUUAAUACAAUGUCAAGCAGUCCUUGUUGGCUUCCUAGCAGCAUCAGCAGCAGUUGCAAUGGGCUGGAUACCCAAAGGACAGUUUGAUAUUCAUCAUGCGUUAUUGUUGUGUGCGUCGAGUGUUCUCACUGCUUCAUUCGCCAGUUUUGUACUUGGGUUAAUCAUGAUUGGUGUUGUUGUGUUUUCUAGAAAGAUAAAUAUAAAUCCAGACAACAUUGCCACACCCAUUGCAGCCAGUUUGGGUGAUUUAACAACCUUGGCACUGUUAUCUUGGAUAGCUUCUCUGUUGUACAAAUCUAUUGGCACAAGUGUGAUAUUACCAUCUAUUAUUAUCAUCACCGGUGCAUUUGUUGUGCCAGUUUGUGGUUAUAUUGCUUGGAAAAAUAACUUUACUAGACAAGCUCUGGAUGAGGGUUGGGUGCCUGUUGUGUCUGCAAUGGUUAUAAGCAGUGCUGGUGGUUUAAUAUUGGAUUAUACAGUGUCUAAGUACAAAGGUAUUGCAGUCUACCAGCUAGUCAUAAAUGGGAUAGGAGGCAAUAUGGUAGCUGUCCAUGCAUCCAGAUUGUCAACAGCAUUUCACACAGGUCAGAAAGAAGGACCUGUCAUUAGUAGUACUACAAAAUUAUUACUUAUUAUGGUUAUACCUGGCCAACUAAUAUUCAUAUACACAAUAGGAUAUCUAAGGGCUGGGCAUACAUCUAUGACUCCCACAUUUAUAUUUUUCUACAUGUCAGCUGCAAUGCUGCAAGUGUUUUUAUUAUUGUUAAUUAGUCAUUAUAUGGUAUUGUGGAUGUGGAAAUUUGGUAUGGACCCUGAUAACUCUGCAAUACCAUACUUAACAGCUCUAGGUGAUUUACUUGGCACUGCCUUAUUGGGAGUAGCAUUCCGUAUUUUGGAUGUAAUGGAUGAUGAUGAUGCUGACUUAGGUGAAUGAUGUAACUAUGGAGAUUACCUUAAUAUAGAAAAUUUAUGAAAUAAGAGGCACAUUUUAUAUUUAGUAAUUAAUGCCUUGGUACUGAAAUAUUGUUAAUAUUGUCAAGUCUUAUACUAUUUUAUGUUAUGUUCUCUGUGCCAUCACAAAUUACUGUGUAAGACUGUGAGACAGCCAAUCAUAAAAACUACCAUGAUAGACAGACAGAAUAACAUAAAAACGCAUUUUUUAUUAAUGGACAUGGCAGUCUUUAAAAACUUUUCAAGGACAUAAAACACUAAAAAUUUAAGUUAGUUCCAAAAUGGCACAGGGGUAAGGUGACAUGUCAUAUGAUAAAAUAUAAUCUCUUGCUAUUGCAGCUUCAACGUCUUCCAUGUUACAAGGGGUUAAAACAUUAAGCUAUAUAUCAAGAUCAGCCUGAUAGUCAUUAUAAAUUAUUAUGUGGUAGUUUUAGGGGCUUGCCAGAAAAACAUGUAAAACCAGUAAAAUGGCACCACAUACAGUAAGUAGGAACUAGUCCCAUAACUUACAUUAAUUUAGUCAAGAAUGGUUUAUGAAAUCAAAAUGUACCAUUUUUUUUAUUAAUA